AAAUUUUUGUUGUUUAUCCACACGUGGAGAUUUUUGACAAGCCAAUAAAUGACGUUUUAGGGAUAAUAAUAUCGUAUAUAUAAGACUAAUCUUACAAUGGGUUGUCAAAGUAACUUGUGCUUCACCGCAGUAAUUAUUUACUUACCAGGUUUAUCUUCUAAAUACAUCCACAAGGUAUCUUUACAACAUGGAGAAUCAACAAUUUCCAAGCAAUUGUGAAAAUUCCACUUGUCAACUUGGUGAAAAUGAUGUGGAAAGAACUCUUGAUGAACAAAUUGAUGUGAUAUAUAAUUCUAUUGAUGAUUUGAUGAGAAAAUAUAUCAUGUACAGCAAAUCUUCUGAGUCUAAAGUUGUUUCGGGUGGUCUUCAACAGUUUUUGAUCAGAAAAAUGAGAUCAAAAUCUAAAAGAAAAGAGGAAUAUCAUUUUUCGGAUGCUUAUUAUUCAAAGAUGGGUGGAACAAACUUUUGUAAUCCAGGUUUGAAUUUAAAUGAAGACAAUAAGACAACAUUUUCACAUUUUAGUUCCAUGCCAAUUGGCAUUAAAUUAAGAAUUUUAUCCUACUUACCCUGCUAUGAUUUGGCCAAUAUUUGUUCCGUCUGUCAUGAAUGGAAUUAUCUGGCAUCAGAUGAUGUAUUAUGGCAUAACAGACUCAACUGGGAUGUUCCAAAAUGGGAGACUUUUUCAUUCACAACUAAUCCACAAAUUUAUCAAGAUGUCAAUUCAGAAUGGGCUUUCAAAGAUAUUUAUUAUAAAUGUUCACCAGAAUGUAACAGAUCCUGGAAAAAACUCAACUCCACAUUUUAUCAAGUUUCUAAUAUGAUUAAAUAUUUUUUACCCCGUAAAACUCCACGUGUAGCCUUGUUUGGACCUGGACUAGAAUCUAGCACACAUAAGAUUGUUAGUAAAUUAUUAUAUGAAGAUAACAAUAAGUUUUCUAGGAUAGCUAUGUUCCCUGGACAAUUUGAUGGUAUUGGGGCUGGAAUGACACUGAAGUUAAAAACUGGCUCAACUUUUCAUCUUACAGUUUUAUACUCAGGAACCAAAAAAGAAAGAGAAAAUCGUAAUAAAAACUCUACUAGUCGUAUAUUUCAAAAUAAAAUAGAGGGUAGUGGAAAGACUGAAAUAGAACUACAACCCGCUGUUAAAAAUCUCUGUCAUAUUUUAGAUGCUUUUAUUUUUGUUGUUGAUGCCUCACAGACAGAAGAUCAAGUAAAGAAUGGUCUAGUAGAAUUAAAUGCUAUGAUUAAUGAAAGAUGGUCAGCUCCACAUGUACCAGUUAUAAUAUUGUCAUGUACUAGUCACUCUACUAUUUCACGUAUACCAGCCUAUAAAAUAGCACAACUAUUUCAAUUAACACAUAUAGAUAGAAAGUGGUUGGUACAAGAUUGUGUAGUAGAUAAUUUAGAAGGAAUACACAUAGCUAUGGAAUGGAUGAUAGAACAUGCUCAAAAUAAAUAAAUUCCUGAUUAUUCUUCUUGUGAAAAUCUAGUCAAUCUCUGUAUUUUCCCAUGACAGAAGACCCUUCAAGUGAUAUUCUUUUAUACCUGAAUAUAAAUACCUAAUUAAAUUAAAAUAUGUAAAAUGCAAUGCAAAUUUAUGCAGACAGAAAGAAAAUGGAAGCCUAUGAAAUAUUAUUGGUGUAGAUUAAUCAGAAUCACAGCCUGGUAUGAUAUUCUUAGGCACCUCCUUAAAGGGACACAAUCCUGGAAAUAUUUACAUGCCCACCUAAAGAGCCCAAUUUGGAUUCAGAAUUACAUUCUGAUCACUCUUUUCAUUACUGCAAACAUUUAGACUGCAGUCCUGUAGAGAAACUAAAUGGAAGUUAUAAUGAUAUUCUGAUCAAUCCUACUAUCUGAGUCAACUUUUUAAUAGUAACAUUUUUAUCAUGUAAAAUUCUCUUUUCAUGUAUUUACAAUCAUUUAUGUAUAAAUUAUUCAAAAAGAUAAAUUUUUAGAGAACCUACAUUGAAUGUUUUCUUGAUUUAAGCUACAAAUAGAAAGUAUCUGGCGCAGGGUACGCUGUGAUUAUCGAUACAGUAGGAAAUGGAAGAGGGAAAUACACAAGGUACAGGUCCGGACACUAUUCUCUACAACAUCGAUUAUCCUAGCCUGCACUGGACAGUGUACAUGGUCUAUUCCCACAAUAACUCACAAGUGGUUGCCUUGCAAGAUACGUCCACUUUCCCGAUACAUUUUCAGUAUAUCAAGGGAAGUCACCUAUCUGUGUCAAAUCAUACCAAAAAUCUAAUUUGUGCAAGAUAUUGUUGAUUUAAACAAACACACAUUAUUUAAUAAAAUUCUAACAAACUGUUACCUCUAUCACUAACAAAUUUUGAUGCGUUUUUACUAAGUCAUGGGCAAUAACUCAAAUUCUGUUUGAAAAAUGGUCAAAUUUAAUCUUCACUAAGAUCUCAUCAUUAUAAAUGAUCAUACCAAAUUUCAUUUAAAUCGGAUGAAAACUGUACUUUCUAUUGUGUUUACAAAACAAAGUUUUUCAUAAAUCAAGGGCAAUAACUCAAAAACCAUUCAUCGAAAGAUAGCCAAAUUCGAACUUGUCCAAGAUCUCAUCAUUUUAAAUAUUCACACCAAAUUUCAUUAAAAUUGGAUGGAAAUUUCAGUCUCUGUUCACAAC